UUCACAAAUCCUGUUGUGUCUUACAGAGCUGCAGAAACUGGAGGGCAGCAGUCGACCUGUGUGGACGCCUUCUCACAGCUCAUGGCCAAGGCUACGGCAAGAGUGGGCUGCCCACCAGCCACACAGCGGACUCGCUGCAGCUCUGGUUUGUGAGAUUGGCCCUGCUCGUGAAGUUAGGCCUUUUCCAGAAUGCCGAAAUGGAGUUCGAGCCCUUUGGAAGUCUGGACCAGCCCGACCUGUACUACGAGUACUACCCACACGUGUACCCUGGGCGCAGGGGCUCCAUGGUCCCCUUUUCUAUGCGUAUCCUGCAUGCAGAGCUGCAGCAGUACCUGGGCAAUCCACAGGAGUCCCUGGACAGACUGCACAGGAUCAAGACCGUCUGCAGCAAGAUCUUAGCCAACCUGGAGCAAGGUCUAGCUGAAGACGGGGGCAUGAGCAGCGUCACACCAGAGAGCCGGCAAGCCUCCGUUCAGCUGUGGAGGUCACGUCUGGGCCGGGUGCUGUACUCCAUGGCAAACUGCCUGCUCCUGAUGAAGGACUACGUGCUGGCUGUGGAUGCAUACCGCAUGGUCAUCAAGUAUUACCCAGAGCAGGAGCCACAGCUGCUGAGUGGCAUCGGCCGCAUCCUCCUGCAGGUACCUGUGCUCCCAGGGGCUCCAGGGCAGAGCCAGGCUGCCCCGCCCAAGCAGGGCCUCAUUCGCAGCAAGUCUGUCAGUACAAGGAAUGGUUCAAAAUUAGCUCAGAUUGGUGUGGCCAUUAAAAUGGGGUUUCUCUGCAGCAGUUCUGACCUGACUGUGAAGCCGCUGCCUUAGACGUGGGGAAGGAGGGGUGCUCAGAGUGAGUUGGCAGGAAUUUUCACCAGAGACAUUGAAGUGGAGAACGUGAGGAACUGUCCCGUUGCGGUUAGUAAAGUAUUGAACAAACCAGAAGAAAUCUUCCAGCUCAGCUCUCCAGAGCCAUCCUACUGGUGCUCUGUGUUCUCAGGACAGAUCAAAAGACGUGCCUAGCAGUGUUAGAGGACAAGAGCAAGAGGCGGUGAGGGUAGAGAGCAAGAGCACCCCUGGGUUCAAUCUCCGUACAAAAUAAAUAAAUAAAUAAAAAGUUCCAGAACACCUAACUGAGAAAUAAACCAUUUAGUGCAUCUCUGAACCAGUAAUGUGCUCAGCGCAUUUCCCUUGUGGAAAAGCUAAGAAAGCCCAGACACUGACUUGAUUGAAUUGAAGUCAGGCAGACCUGCUGCAGCUUUCCAGAACGUGAUUGACCACCAUUUACCUCUGGCGCGCUUCACACAGGAUAUGCCUCAAGUGCUGUUUAAACCAAGAGAAAUUUCCCAGUGCACAGUGGUGUCACGUUUAAUAUGAAUCCUCAGGGACUAAGGCCAAGCUCUGGACCACUGUCAAGAACAGAAUGUUUGGCUCUGAUGAAUUCCUGGCCAAGCACAGGGUUCCAAGUGGAACCCGCCAUCACUGUGAGAAGACUGACCCGUGAAAGAUGAAGUUCUUACCAAAAGCAGGAAUUGGUUAAGCAAAUGAAUGGGAAAUAGCUUUAAAGAUUAAGGGAUUUCCUUAUAAAAGCCUUCUUAGGAAAAGGCACAAUACAACUGAUAUUUUCCAUACAUUAAUUACUCUUCUAUGUGUUUAUGCCAAAUAACUAAAGGGUCUCAUGACUUUGAAAAUGCUAUUAGUUAUACUCUUGGCACGCUCUGCGGCAGCUCUGUUUUCCUGCUCAAUGCUAUACAAAUUGUUUAUAACCGCAACACCGAGCGCAUUUUCCACUUAUUUAAGUAAUUGUUCUUCACUUUGAUUUACUGCGGUGCCUCGUCUUUUCUGUUGAUGUGCAGUUGUCAGGGGUGAACUACAAAGGCCAGGAAACCAUGAUAAAUGGAGUGCGCGUGUAAUAAACGGCAGACUGAAGCCUCGCAUCUGUUUUAGAGAGCAAUCCUGCCACAUGACUGGUUUUAUUUCCCAAGUAAAUAACUAUAAUUUUCUUAUUAUAAACCUUACGGAGCUCAUGUUUAGGCAGCUAUGAAUCUGGAUAGCUGUUCCACCAAGGGGGUGGUUUAUUAACUACUUAAUGUACCUCUUUCCCUGGAUCUUCACAGCAGUAGAGAAUGUUCCACAACACACCUGGUAAUAUAGUACUCUAGUUUUAGAACUUAAGCCUGAAG